AAAGAGAUGGCAAUGGCCGAAGAUGGCAGGGAAGAAAAGAAGAGGAAGCAAGGUGGUCUCAAGACCAUGCCAUUCAUUCUAGCUUUGAUUUCACAAGUUCUCAUGUCAUGAUGACUCAUAUGGCAAAAGACGAUUCGCUCGCCCCAGCGACUCAUGAUCAUUAAGGAGGCUAUAGAUAUAGACUCACAUGUGAAUAAGAGACAAGAGAGUGAGAAAGAGAUGGCAAUGGCAGAAGAAGGCAGGGAAGAAAAGAAGAGGAAGCAAGGCGGUCUCAAGACCAUGCCAUUCAUUCUAGCAAAUGAAGUGUGCGAUAGAUUCGCCACGACCGGCUUCAACGCCAACAUGAUCACGUACCUGACGCAGCAGCUGCACAUGCCGCUGGUGCAGGCCUCCAACACCCUCACCAACUUCAACGGCACCUCCAGCCUCACCCCUCUCCUCGGCGCCCUCAUCGCCGACUCCUUCGCCGGCCGCUUCUGGACAAUCAUCGUCGGCACCCUCGUCUACCAGCUCGGCAUGAUCAGCCUCACUGUGGCGGCGGUCCUCCCGGCGCUCCGCCCGCCGCCCGGCGCGCCGGCAUCCUCAUGGCAGCUACUGAUUCUCUACGCUUCUCUCCUCUGCACGUCGAUUGGGUCCGGCGGCAUCCGGCCGUGCGUAGUGGCCUUCGGGGCGGACCAGCUCGGAGGCGAUUCGCACCGGCAGCAGAAGUGGAGCUUCUUCAACUUGUACUACUUCAGCAUGGGACUGGCGUCGCUGGUGGCGUUGACAGUGGUGGUGUACAUGCAGGAGAAUGUGGGAUGGGGGUGGGGACUGGGGAUUCCGACGAUCGCCAUGGGUAUCUCUGUGGUGGCCUUCGCGGUAGGGCACCCUCUCUACAUCAAAAUGAAGCCCGGGGGCAGCCCAUUGACGAGGUUGACCCAGGUCAUCGUUGCAGCCUUUAGGAAGAGAAAUGCAGUCAAACCGGAGGACCCCAAUCUCUUGUACGAGGACAAGGAGUUGGAUUCUGCUAUCUCCACCGCUGGCAGACUGCUCCACACCAAUCGGUUAAGGUUCCUGGAUCGUGCUGCGAUAGUUACUGAAGGGGACAUGCUCGAGUCAGGCCGGCCGAGGCUGUGGAGGUUGUCCACAGUGCACCGGGUGGAGGAGCUGAAAUCAAUCAUCCGAAUGAUGCCCAUUUGGGCAGUCGGGAUCCUGGUGACCACCGCCUCCUCGCAUAAUCACAGCUUCACCAUCCAACAGGCAAGGACGAUGAACCGUCACCUCUCGCCGCACUUCCAGAUCCCCCCGGCCACCAUGUCCAUCUUCUCAACACUCACCAUGCUCAUCAGCUUAGCUUUGUACGACCGGAUCUUUGUGCCGGUUGCUCGCAGGUUCACAGGAAGGCGAUCGGGCAUCUCGUACCUCCAGCGCAUCGGCAUCGGCAUGGCCGCUGGUGUAUUGGCCAACAUGAGUGCUGCACUCGUGGAGAUCAGGCGGAAGGGGGUUGCUGCGGAUCAUGGGCUCACAGAUAAGCCCAAUGCAGUGGUGCCGAUCAGUGUUUUCUGGCUGGUGCCACAGUACGCGAUCCAUGGACUGGCCGAGACAUUCACAUCGGUAGGUCAUCUGGAAUUUCUCUACGACCAGGCACCGGAGAGCAUGAGGAGUACCGCAGCAGCAUUGUUCUGGCUUACAUUAUCCAUCGGAAACUACAUGGGGACCUUGUUGGUGACCAUAGUGCACGACUGCACAGCUAAGCGGAGAGAUUGGCUGCAAGAUAACAUCAACAGGGGGAAGCUGGAUUACUACUACUGGCUGGUGACCGGGUUGCAGGUUCUUAAUCUGGGUUAUUUCAUAACCUGUGCAAUGUUUUACACCUACAAGUCACUUGAAAUAGUUGAAGACGAGGAUGCAGAAAAGGAGGCUGAUAGUGUGGCCGGUGGCAAUGAUAUAGAGAUCGCCAAAAUCAGGACUGUAGAUGCAAAAGAUGAAGACAAGUAGGGAAAGACAUGAGUUUUGACUGUAAUUUAGCUAGCAGCGUGCUAUACAUUGGAAAUCUCAUCGUUGUAGCUAGUUAUUCUGAACAUUAUGCAGAGAGAAAUAGUGCUAGCAAGAAUAUGAACAACUCUAGCAUAUUAACAUCACAUAUUAAAAAAGAAUGGAAAUGAGUUCAAAU